AUGGCGGGAGCUGCGGGCGCGUCGCUCUGGGUGAGGAAGGUCGCACAGUGGGCGGGCGCUGGGUUCAAGGGAGGCCGUAGCUUCGUGCCAGAGCAGGCAUUUUGCAGGUCGAGGUACCCUGUGAAGAAAGAGCCUUUGCUCUGCCGGGGAGAGCCUGGAGGGAGGCCCGCCUUUGUCAGACAGCGCAGGCGAUACUCGAUGAGCAAAUUAUUUGCCCCCCGCAGUGCUCUGCGCGCGCGCACCCACCCACCCGUGUUGCUGGUUUGAAGCAACUAAUGGGGAAAUGCGGAGUGGAUUCUUCUGUCUUGAGGCGGGGCUAGAUGCGCUGUAGGACGAUAUGCAGUCUUGCAGCGGUGGUUGCCCAGAAACGGGAUACCAGCCUCCAAUUCAAGGGGAAAGUUGCAGCUCCUUCACUACUGUGACACCUAUGAAAGCGCUUAACUCCUCUUACUGCUAGAAAGGGACUAAGCGAAGUUUGCAGGGCAGGUAUCAUGUCUUCGAGAGAGGAAGGAGCUGAUGCCAGUCAGCGCAAGAAGCCCUGACCUAGGUGGUCCAAAAAUCUGUCGGGGGGGUGGGGGUGGGAGGGGAAGCAGCUCCUUGCCCUUCCUUAGUGAACCGUGCAGCUUGAACGUAGUUGCUGGGAGGGCUCUAGUGGCCAGCUGUGAGAGCAAAUUGUGUGUUGCUCCUUUGAGAUAGGCUGGAGCAACAGCCAAGGCAAGCAGAGGUUGAGCGUGUGCAGCUUUUGCUGAGCAGCAGUGGUUCUCCUGCCUGCCAUGCAGCUGCUGAAGGGCUUGAGGCAGAUUCCCCUACCAAAAGGCCUCUUGUCGGAUCCGGCCAGUCAUUGCCAGGAGCCAGUAGUAAUUGGAAGCUAUGCCUUCCUUAUGUUGUGGCAUCUGAAAUCCUCCCCUUUUGCCAUCCCAGGUAGUACCAGCAGCUCUUCAACAGGAUUCCUGCUGCCUUUAGCCCUUUCAGAGUGCCCCAUGCGGACCAGCUGCUUUCUCAGUUUUAGGGUCAGUAUUUAUCCCAACUGGGGUGAUGAGGCAGGGGAGCUUGGGCAGGUCUAGCCAAAGCCAACUUGGAGCUUUAACCCAGAUAUUCCAGACAGAGUUCUAUGGGUGUGUUAGGGUGGAGCAGGGUGGUAGACCUUCCUCCUCCCGUUCUCCAGGGGUUGGGUGGGCUGUAGGCUUGGGGGUGUAUCUCACUCUCUUUGCUCUCCCAGCGACGCUUUAAGGAGGCAACAGUGAUUCUCGGUGGGGGCAGCCUGAUCUUCACCUCAUACCUGGUGGUCAAGGGAGAUGAGCACUUCUACGCUGCGCAGCUGAUGCCACUCCUGCAGAGAGUGGUGGGCCCUGAGACAGCCCACAGGCUGGCUGUGCGCUUUGUGGCUCUGGGGAUCCUGCCCUGCUCAAGCCAAGCUGACUCGGAUGCAUUGGUGCGUAAACUAUGCAGGUGACUGGUGGUCAGAGGCUGCUGUGCUCCUGCUUUGGGCCCUGCCUCUCAUCCUACUGCUCCCAGUCCCUUCCUGUGGGGUCCUAGGACAGGAUGGGGCCUUCCCUGUCUCUUCUGCUGCCUAAGGCUUUCUGCUGGUUAACAGGUGCUUAAUUGGCUUCCCAGGCAGUGGAAGUCUUUGGGCGCCGGUUUCGGAACCCUCUUGGCCUGGCUGCUGGUUUUGACAAGCAUGGAGAGGCUGUAGAUGGACUCUACAAGAUGGGAUUUGGCUUUGUGGAGGUGGGGAGUGUCACCCCAGAGCCCCAAGAGGGGAACCCCAGGCCCCGUGUCUUCCGGCUGCCAGAGGACCAGGCCAUUAUUAACAGGUAGGAGCCUGGAACAGAGGUGGGUGGCGAGGGUGAGCCUUUGACAAGCCUCUCCUGUAGUGGUGGAGGAGGUGAUGUGUUGGGGAAGAGAGGGGUGGUGGUAAUCACCUGAGCUGUGUCCACCACUUUCUAGGUAUGGGUUCAACAGCCAUGGGCAUGCAGUGGUGGAGCACAGACUUCGAGCCCGACAAGAAACUCAGCGUCAGCUCAGCUCAGGUGAGGUGGCUUGUGUCCUCCCUGCCCAUGAGUCAUGGAAAAUCCCGGCCCCCUUCUUCCCCCCCACCCAAUUGCUGCUGUACUAGUACAUGCUUGUGGCAGUCAGAUCUGGAGAGGAGCUUUCAGGGAACGUGAAGAGUAGCAAGGAGCAAAUAAUGUUGCAGUUGAUUAGUGGAGGAUUUCUGGAUCCUGCCCUGGACCCUUCCCAGAGCAUCUCUGGUCAGGAGCAGUGCCUGCCUGAGUGCCAGUGGCUGCUUCCUUUUGCCCAGCCCUAACAGGCCCACUGUGGUCCUGUGCUCUCCCUGGGGAAAUAUCUUAUGUGUCUGCCCCCUCAUCAAGGAUUCCUCACAUAGUAGUCAUCUUUGCUCUGGCCCUCCCUGUCUGACUGGCUUCUGUUUGUGCAUCCUCUCCCUUCCUAGCGGGGAUGCCUCUUGGAAUAAAUCUUGGCAAGAACAAGGCCUCUGUGGAUGCAGCAGCCGACUACGUGGCAGGCGUGCGUGUGCUGGGCCCACUGGCUGAUUACCUGGUGGUGAAUGUUUCCAGUCCCAACACACCAGGAUUGCGGGCUCUUCAAGGCAAAGCAGAGCUGCGCCUCCUGUUGUCCAAGGUGAGUCUCCUGCCCCAAGAGCAUUACCUGAUCCCCUCUAGUAAGCAGCCAGGGCGCCCUCUGGCACACAUUUCAGCACCUGCUCUCUGGGCUGAGGGCAGCAGCUGCUUGGAGCAAAGGAGAAGCAGCCUGCUGCUCCCAUUUCACAUUUAUUGAACAGUGCCUGGCAAAGGAAGGCCAAGGCUUUGCUGGUACAUUGUUCACACAUCCUACUGCAGGAGUUGAAUGCAUGCCUGAUUGAGAACCUUGUACAAGUGUGGCAGCCUUGCCUCCAGAUGUUGGUGGUUGACCUAUAGGAGGCUGCUUCUAUCUUGCCCUCCUUCCUUCCCUCCUUUUGAUCCUGCUGUUGAGCCCCUCCUGCUCCGCAGAGCUCCACUUAUGUCCCUAGUUCAUAGCAGGGGCAGUUCCCCUCUCCUAGCUGUGUUGUGCUGCGCUCCAUGGCUUGUAAUCAUGUGGCCUUCUGGGCAGUGUGAAACUUGUGCCCUUCUGAGCAGUGUGAACAUGAUCUUUGACCUACGGCUGUGUGCUUCUUGGCAGGUGCUGGCUGAGAGGGACGCCUUGGCAUGCAAGCACAAGCCGGCUGUACUGGUGAAAAUUGCUCCAGACCUCACGGCCCAAGACAAGCAGGACAUUGCCAGUGUCAUCUCCGAGGUGAUGCAGGGGUGGGUGGGCAGGAGUGGUUCUGUCUGGCUGCUGCCUCAAUUAUUCCUUGUUGGUUUGGACUUUUAUGCCUUGUUCUAGAGCAGCUCCCUUAAGAGAUCACCUUGCCCCAUGUGGGCCUCUUUGAUCACUUCCAUCUGUGGAACUUGCACUUUUACACCUGCCACUCUGCACACCUCGCAAGAGCAAUCUCGUGAGCAUAGCAGCACUUGAAACUCCCUGCCUCUUGAUACUGGGCAGGCACCCGCACUAUAUUGCAUUUAGCAAGCCUACCCAGACAUGUAAUUUAGUUACCUAUUACUGAAUUUAUCUUUGUUUUGAAUUGAGGUGGCUUUACAUACCUUUGCUUUUAGUGAACUGUGGAUUUCAGCUGUGUUUUAGCUUAAGCUAUAUUUGUACGCUACUUGGGAGAUAUAUAGAUUUUUGAUUAAGUGGUCUUAUGAAUUUCCUUUAAAUAAGAGUGAGAAUGGGGUAGGGCUAGACUUUCAGGGCCACCACUGUGGGAAGGAGGGCAGCGCAUAGGAGGAGAAUGUGGCUCUGAGGCUUGACUGGGCUCCCUUUUUCCCAGUUAGGCGUUGAUGGACUGGUGGUCACCAACACCACUGUGAGCCGCCCCAGCACCUUGCGUGCAGCUCUUCGUGGGGAGGCUGGGGGUCUAAGCGGAGCUCCCCUGCGAGAGCUCUCCACUCAGCUGGUCAGUGAGAUGUACUCUCUCACCCAAGGUAAGGAGACGGGCUGGAGGGAGGGAGGGGAUGCAGGUGGGAGGGACUCCAGAAUCCCUCCCACUACCAGCCUCUUCUUGCCCCCCAGGACGGGUCCCCAUCAUUGGUGUAGGUGGAGUCUCCAGCGGGCAAGAUGCCUUGGACAAGAUCCGUGCAGGGGCCUCCUUGGUGCAGAUGUACACUGCCCUCACCUACCGUGGGCCACCUGUGGUGGGUGCUGUGAAACAGGAGCUGGAGGCUCUGUUGAGGUGAGUGCCAGGCUGGGCCCAGCUCCCAGCUUCUUGAUGGCCCAAACUCAGUGUGUGUGUGUGUGUGUGUGAGAGAGAGAGAGAGAGAGAGAGAGGAGGGGUGCACCUAACGGACCCUCAAUCCAGCUGUGUGUUGCAGAUACAUUAUGAUGUAAUUUCAGAUUAAAGCAAAGUUGUGCUGAUUAAGAAAGCACAGCAGAAUGAGAUUGCUGCUAGCAUAAGAUUAGGCUGUAGAGGGAGCUGAGCAGACCACAAAACUGUCUGUCUCCCACCUAGGUUGUCAUGCUGGGCUCCUUAUUGCAUGUAUGCUCUCCAUUUACACUGCAAGAAGCUGAUCCCUGUUACUCUUUACAUCAGCUUCAAGUACCUGGUCCUUCUUGCUUGAUGUUCUGUGUCUCUCUCUCUCUGCCGCUUACACCCAUUCCUUCUCUUCCUCCCACAUUCUGCUUGCCAGCCAGCCUGCCUUUCCUCCAGAUCUGCUUCCUAGCCCCUGGCUCUCCUCUCCUCUUGGAAGCCCCUGCUGCCCCCUGUUCUUCCACCUGUCCCUUAUCUUCAGUCUCAAAUUACCUUCCACCUCCACCAAGACAAAUUACCUUUUCUCCACCACAGCUGCUUUGUGUCAUUUUGUGGUCUAUGGAGCCCUGGCAGCAUUACAGCAGUUGAUGUCUGGGACAACAGUAGUCCCAAAACAAAUAAUAACAGACCUUGCUUUCUAUUCUUUAUACUCGUGCAUCUGUUGCCUUAUCCAAACAAUCAAAUAUAUACUACGUAGAAGAGAAAGUGGUCUUGAUCCUGUGCGUAUUUCACAUCCUUGGUUUCCUGUGACUCGCCUGCAGGUCACAAGUCCCCUCCCCACAACGUACAAGGAUCUGCUCUACAGGCAUAAGCUUUUCUGGUCACUUUUUGUAGCUGGGGAGGGAGAUGGGGAGCUGGUAUCUUAAGCAAAUAAGGACUUUGCUUGGGUUGAGGUUUUAUCUUUCUAGGCGCCAAGAAGACUGCAGGGCCAGAGACAGCUACCUGGUCUACUCACUCUGUGCUGUUUUCUCCUUUGUGCAGGGAGCAAGGAUUCCAGAGUGUGCAGGAUGCUGUGGGUGCAGAUCAUGGCCUCUGA